ACGAGAUAAAGAAGCCGAACAACACUGAAGCCAAAGAACAGAGGGAUGAGAUAUAGAAACGGUUGGAGCAAGUAGCUGUACUCAUUAUAGCCGAAUUAUUAAAUGAAGUGGAACAUAGCCUAUGUAUUGACUAAUAGCCUAGCAACGCUAUAAGAUGCGUCUUUCGUGAUAUCUUUAAACUCAGACUGCGCUUUUUCAGUGUUGUUGAACUAGAUAGACAAAUCCUAUGUUUUUUCUCAUAACUAUUGAUUUCUAACGCCGCCAACCUGAAGUUCAUCGUUAUCAUCUUGGCCGCCGGGAUGGUGGCCUUCGUUGGAGCAGUCAUCUGCAUCAUCGCCGCGGUCCAUACCGGCUCCGCUGCCGAAUCUCAGCAGCAGCCUGUGGCAGACAACCAGUCGCAGUCUCCGGACGCUGGACUGCAGCAGACUUUCCCCGGGGGCUCCGUGGCGCGAGCGGGUCCACUGGGCGCUCUCCAUGGUUCUGAAACGCAGGACGGAGAAGCGCCCACUUUCUUCCACGUCCCCAGCGGCUCAGACGGCAUUGGUGGAACAAAGCAGGUUAGCAGACUUAUCUGCACCCCAGUCCCCGCCGGAGAAUGCAACCCCAAAAACUUUCAGCAACAAGCCGACGACCCGUCGCUGUUCGCGGGUGAGGACUGGGGAUACCUCCGCACCACGGCAGAGGAACUCAAACAGACAGUUCUCCAGCAGAAGGACCAGAUUAUCACCGACCAGCGGACCAUUAGGGAUCUGUCAGGCAAGCUUUCGGAGUGUGAGAGCGGAAUAGAGGGGCGUAGAGUACCGGAGAGUAGCGCGGGGCUCUGGGGAGGUAAGAGGGUAGAUGAGGGCCGGCUCAUGGUCCGGGAUAGUGCUCCGUCGUCGUCUGUGGCACAGCUGCUCACCGCCCAGGCUGUAGGCGAGCUGGAAAAGGCUAUCGUUCAGAUGAAAGACCGCAUAGAGAAACUGGAGUCAGAUAUCGGACCGCUGGCGCUCUCUCACAACCACACGGAUGCAGCAACUGCGGUGACUUCAAGAGGGGCAGGUGGUGGUGGGCUCUCUGAGGCCCCUGAUCGUUGGGGUGAGGCAGGGCUAGUGGGGCAGGCCCGGACAGGGGAUGGACCAGAGCAGUGGCCACGGAUGGAGGAUCUGGAGGAAGAGCUUGAGAGGAAGCUGGAACUCCUGGAGAAGGAGAGGAAGGCCCUGCGAAAGGAAUCCCAAAGACACAGGCAGGAGAUUGACCAGGGGAUCAACUCCCUACACCACCGCAUUGCUGGCCUGGAGGAGGGACUCUCAGAGUACCCCUACCCAGAGGGCUACAAGCUGUCCUUCCCAACACGUACCAACUAUAUGUACGCGGUGGUACAGCACCCCAUCCCUGAGCUGCGUGCCUUCACCGUGUGCCUCUGGCUGAGACCCGCCGAGGGGGGCAUCGGCACCCCUUUCUCCUACGCUGUGGCGGAGCAGCCCAACGAGCUAGUUCUGCUGCAGGGCAUGCACACCCCUGUGGAGCUGCUCAUUAACGACAAGGCGGCAGAGUUACCUCUGAACCUGUCCCGGGGCAGCUGGCACCACAUCUGUGUAAGCUGGAGCCAGAGAGGCGGGGCGUGGCAGGCCUACCAGGGGGGCAAGCUGAGAGGAGAGGGGCAGGGCUUGGCAGUUUGGCACCACAUCAGGCCUGGGGGAGUCCUCAUCCUGGGGCAGGAACAGGACACUCUGGGCGGACGUUUCGACUCGUCCCAGGCUCUGGUGGGGGAGCUAUCCCAGUGGAACUUAUGGGAGCGGGUCCUGACCCCCAGCGAGGUGUCCAGCCUGGCCCACUGCAGCCAGCACGGCCCCCAGCCAAAGGGCAAUGUGGCCCCCUGGACCAACCGGGAAGUAGAGGUGUUCGGAGGAGCCAUCAAGGUGCCCAGGGAGCCCUGCGCUGCUAAACGCAUCAACACCUCACUGUGAGGGGAAGGGAGCCAGGGACCUUAUUCACAAAGCGUCUCAGAGUAGGACUAGUGAUCGAGGAAAAAUCGAUACAGUUACAUAUCGCAAUACUAUUUUGGACGAUAUUAUAGCAAUACUUUUUGUUAUUGUUGCUCGGUAGCGUUACCUAGAGCUAGUCAGCUAUGCCUGCGCCAAAAAUCUUUUUUUUUUGUUGCUCUCCAUCUUCUUUUUAAAUAGUGAGGCAACAUGUUUUCAAUGCUUUUAUUUCCAUGACUGGUCAAAACUCAUUUCUCGUGCUCUCUUGUCUCUCUGCAGCAGACAUAUAGAGAGCAAUAUCUUUGGAACAUCAAAUUGCAAUAAAAUUGCAGUAUCGAAUCAAAAUACAUAUAGAAUUGUGAGAAUCACAAUACAUAUCGUAUUGUCACCUAGGUAUCGUGAUAAUAGUCGUGAGAUCCCUGGCAAUUCCCAGCCAUAAGUAGAACUGUACAUGUCAUAUUAUACAUGUAAUCUUAUUUAUUAUGAUCUAAUAGGCAAAGUGGAUCUAUCAUCAGCAUUUCUACUUUGAGACUGAGAGCCCUGAGCUGUGUUCAGUAGGGCAAAAACACUGCGGAGGUAACAUAUUUCUAUCUGAACGACUUGUUAUGUAGAACAGCAGGAAUGCCUAACUGACACGUCGAUUAAGGAAUCAUGUGAGCUCUAUUCAUCACAUUUCUAACUGCAACGUUCAGUAUAUUGUGCAUUUGUGAAUUUGUGAGGUAAAUUGGCGGGUGGAGCUCGGGUGAAAGGGAGUCAGGGAAUAGGGGAAUGAAGCACAUUGUUAGAAGUGGGAGUAACACUGGUUUCAUAAAGACUAUUUAUCCCUCAAGGGGAAAUGUUGUUUUGCUUUGCAUGUUGUAUUUAUCUAUGUUUUACAUCUAUUGUUGGUGAGGUUUAUUCAGAGCUACAGGACAGAGAGUGGGUAGGCUAGCCAUACCUACGUCUACAUUUGAACUGCUGCUUUGGACUAGGUCUGUGGCCAGGCACUAGGCCCUAGGAGCCCAUUUUGUUUCCUCAAUAGGAGCUAAAAAAUUGGGUAUCUAUAGCUUUCUUUAUCCUCUGACUUGUGUCUAACGGAAGGGGAUAACUCAAGUGUGCAUUAUGAUUUUAUACAGCAUUUCAUAUGCAGACAUUAAGAACACACAACCGUGUCUGUAUUGCAUUGGUUUGUUCAAUAUUUUUUUUGUAUCAACUCAUUUCAAAACAGCAUUCUUACGCUCUCUCUUUUCAUAUUCCUUCUCGUUAACAUUUGUAUAAAUCGUCUGUAUCUUGGUAGUACGGCACAGCUAAUCAUUCCCUAUGACUAAUAAGAACUACAGAUAUGUAGAUAUGACCUCAUUUAAAUUCAAUAACUGUACCCAGUAAUGUGAAUGUGUGGCUUGAAUUGAUCCAGAAAAUAUGUCUUAGACUUUGUCAGUGUUAUUACUCAAGCUUAUUGGUUAACUUUGUUGCACAAUAUGGUAUAGCACAAGGUUUGAUACUUUCUAGACCACCAGAAUAGGUCUUGGUACCAAGUUUUACCGAAAUGUAUAAACGAUGUUAUUUAUAUAAUGCCUUUAUAUUCAAUGUAAAAAGUCAUAGAAAUAACAAAUGGGUUUAAAUGUGUCGUUAUGUAUCAAUGCACACCCAUAUAUAAUUCAAUGUACGGAAUCCCCCUUGAUCUUCGACACCUUGUGACGUGCGGUGAGGUCUGAGGCCGGGUAGGCACAUUGAAUAAAAGCUGUGUUUAUCGAUAUGACAUGAUCACAAAUAUUACCAUCAAACAACCACGACCAACCAUCAAACAGCAGCAGAUAGGCGGCACAAUCAUUAGACACUCUUUCACAGGCUGUCAUCGCUUGUGCCCCACACAACAGCCCUGCACGAACAGGCGACUUUCAGCACCACAGACAGCGACCCAAAUGCUAGCGAGUAGGUCUACUUGUAGACAGCGCGACACACACAAAAUGCCUAGUAGUCAGCACUACUGACUGAGAUAUAUACUUUCACUUCUCUGGGCUAUGUGAUAGACAUGUAAUGUCAUUAGACAUAUAAUGUCAUAACAGUAGACAGCGCUACUGUUUACCUGUAAACAAAGUACAUUUGUCCAUCCUGGGUAAAGAAGUCAGUGACUGAACUGUAAAACUCCUCCCUGUUGGCCCUCAGUUUUAAAAGUAUUUUGGUCUCAAUGUGAUGGAGAUGAUGGCAAGGGGUGAGAGUUGUCCUUGAUCGCUCUGGCUUUCGACUGUAUGUCUUUAUCUGUAUCAGCGCAGAAAAUUACUUCUCAAUGGAUGCUGCCGUGGCUGGUGUGGUGAGGACCAGUUGCAGUGACUUUGUUGCCUUGUGACAGUCUGUGUCAGGUCACGCUGGAACAAAAAGCUGAGGAGCUGUCCGGUACCAUUUGUGAACUGUACAAUCUGACAAGAUCAGCCUUAAGUCUAACAAAAGUACUUGGCAUAUUUAGACAGGCUCUUGUUUGCUGGUCAAAUGUUUGUGACAUUGUUUCACACUUUUUGCAGUCCACUAAGCCAAGGAAAUUAAGUUCACCAAAGUGGUCAAACCUGGCUUUCAUCUGAACAUUGACAUUGUCCAGUAUGUUGUUGUAGAUUUUUCCCCUCUCUACUCUGAUCGGCUGUUUUACUACGAGUUUCGUGCCAGGCCCAGGUCAUUGCAUUUCUGCUCGAAUCGCUCAUUGAAACGAUCAAAGUCGUGUCUCUGCCGUCCCAGUGCAUUCAUUGUGUCACUGAUCUGGGUAUGGCAGACACCCAUAUCCAUCAAUUUGUUCUGCAGAACACAGGAGAGCGCAUCAGUAUCCUUGAGGAUUCCAUCAUAGGUCAUGAGCAAAAAGGAAACACGGUGGCGGUCUCUAGAUGGGUUGCUAACUGGUGUGGUGGAAUUAUUGUAAUCAAAAGGAGAGACUUUUAAAGAUUUCUUCAAAACAAUCAAACUUUAUUAUUUAAUUAGUGCAGUAAUGGAGCUGGUUGGUAAUCACCCCUGGAGGUGAUCACUGAGAACUCAACGAGCUGGUUUGAGCCACUGCAUUUUAUAGCAAAAUCCAUUCAUUCUCCUUCAGUCUGCAUGACACACAACAGGUGUAUGGAAUGUGUCACAAGGUUAAGAUUUGUAUGAAAGACACUUAUAAUUCACAGCAGACAGUAUCUGCCGUAAAAUCAUGAGAACUCAUUGUUUAGAGACCCGUGUUUGGCCUCCCCCAACUCCAUACUGGAGCCAUGUGUCCCUGGUACCAUAUAGAACAGGAACAUUAACUCAUGCUCUGGAAUGCGGUAUCCCCAAAGACAUUGCAAAUCUCCCAGAGGCCCAUCCUCAGUAGAACACACAGAUGAGCAUUCUAACAACCCCUUAUUACAUUGCAUAAAACAACCAUUUGAUGCAUAAACAGCAUUAUAACAUCAUCUUGUCAUUUCCACCAUACUGUAAAAAAAACAUUCAGUAAAGGAAUGGAAUAGUUCCACAUAGUGGCACCUCGGCCUGUUUGAUGUGCUGGCGCUGUCAUCGUUGCCGCAAAAUGCCAAACUUCUGUUUACCUUAGGUAGCAUGCUGUAACAUCAAUUAGCUAGGGCUUUCAAAAUCUCCCGGUUCUCUUUGACCUUUGCAUUGUGCAUGCUGAUGUUCAAUCUCCGUUGUUCAUUCAAUGCCAGGUCUAUCCGCCAGCUGCCAAAUGUCUUAAGAGCUAUCUGGCUCAGAGACAGGUUUCUCAUAGACAAAUUGUGCAAGUCGCAGUAACCAACUCUUGUCCCCAAACUGUCGCUGGUGGAGAGCAGCAGGCAGGGGAAGCAGUAGAGUCGGCUGCCAGCAUUGCAGCCACAGAGCCAGUCUUUCUGUUGAUACCACUCAGAUUGAAAUGAGCGUGUUAUUUUCUGUCCCUUCUUUAGAUGUCUGUCCCUAAACUCAGGUGUUGGUCUUCACACCGUUUCGCUCGAAACCUAUUUCAGAUGCAAUGUGUUAGCCAUCCUAAUCAGCUGACUUUAGCUGGAAGUAAAAUGAAUAUAAGCACCAAAAGGCAGCAGAUAAUGUGUGUGACAUCCAUAGGCAGGGGCGAGCUCUGACUGUCCUCUUGCAAAGCUCUCUGCCUGCCUUUCGGCAUCCGUUAGCUGGCAGUAUAAGGUAGAAACACGAAUGUGCAAAUCAUGUCAAUGCCUUUCAUUGAGUUUGGAGUUUGAAGUGCUGGAGGAAGGUACAUGGCGAGGUUGCCUUUCCCCUGGCCUCCUUGUGCAUUUUGUACCAGACCACUGCAGAUUUGGGAAGUAGCAGUACUUGUACGGACAUCUAUUUGAUCAUGCAGAAUUUAAAUUAUUGAUAACAUUUAUAUUUAUUUAUUUUUCAUUUGUUAUUUUCUUCAUUCAUCUUCACACUGCCUACCCUGCCUACCCUGACCACACGUCACUGUCGCUGUCCCUGGUUAUGACUUAGUGGCAAGUGCCUGUCCGGGUAUCUUUAUUCAUUUCUCUGCUGAAGUUAUGAUUCCAACAUCAUUUUGCAGUCUGAUCAGUGUUUUGCCUGCCUCUGGUUUGUUCGGCUUAUGUCUGCACUUCUAUGGUCUAUGUGAUGUUGUGGCAAACUGUACAGCUUAGAAAAUUAAUAAGCCAGAUCUUUCUUAACCAAACAAUGUCUUAUAGCCGGUGUUUGGAAAAUUACUCUUUGAAUUACCUGUAUUUUUUAACAGGUUUUACUUCAUGUGUAGAUCGAUGUUUAGGCAAAUUUGGCAUCUUUGUCUUUUUCCUCUCUUUUCCUAUCAAAGUUGGUAUACUCUGUGUGAUUAUGUCCUUGUCUUCACUGGUUUUGAAAUGCACAGCCCGAAAAGCUCAAAUGGCCAAAAGUAAAGUCUAUUUCGAAUGUGA